GAGGGUCCAGCAUGGCUAGACCGAGCCGUGUGCACCGGGCCGGCCAGGGAGCUGCCCCCUCCCCCGGCGCACUCUGACUCGUCGUCUUGUGCCCCAGGAGAUGCCAACCGGCAGAUCAGCGAGUACAAAUUCAAACUUUCCAAGGCCGAACAAGACAUGGCGACCAUGGAGCAGAACAUCGGGAGGCUGGAAGGGCAGGUGGCCAGGUACAAGACGGCGGCUGAGAACGCCGAGAAAGUGGAGGACGAGCUCAAAGCAGACAAGCGGAAGCUGCAGCGUGAGUUACGGACGGCCCUGGAUAAGAUCGAAGAGAUGGAGAUGACCAACAGCCACCUGGUGAAGAGGCUGGAGAAGAUGAAGGCCAACCGGACGGCCCUCCUGUCGCAGCAGUAGGCGGAGCCUCUCGCGGGUUCCGAGUCCCUCGGCCUUGGCCGGCCGCUGGCCCGAGCCUUCGAGUACUGAGCUGUUCAGUAAUCUUGUUUCUGAUUAAAGUGGUUCCCUUUUACUGUUAAUUUAUGAGCGCAGCGGCCGAGUCUGAGCGAUCGAGCGGCGGCUCCUCUCCGUCCCCUCCUUCCCGCGCGGCGGCCGCGCCAUCGACGUGCCCGACAGCCCUCGACCCAAGUGCCUUCUCCGGCGGGUUCGGACGUCGCCCCUCGAUCAGACCCACUUCUGUUUUUAAGAGACGUGCUUGGGGCAAGGGGACGCGCUCGAUGAACUUUAUAUGUUUUGAUGGAAGCUUUUGUAAAAUAUUUAAAUUUCUAUCAGAAAAUGUUCACUGUAUAGACUCGCUUCCUUGCCCGGGGACGGCACCCCCGAGGUUCGAGUCUGUCAUGCCGGCAAGUGUGAGCCACGUCCGGUGAGAGGCCGCAUGGCGUGCGGGGCCUGCUGCGGCCGCUGACCGCCGGGCAGGCCUGGGCCAGGCAGGGGCAUGGAUGGAGACCAUUAAAUGACACUUUCUGGA